GUUGCAAGGCUGAAGGCGCAAUCUCACCACAAUCCCUCCCGGCGCCGCCCGCCGGUCGCUCCCGACGCUAUGUUCCGCCUUCGAAAUUGCAUUCUUCCACAUCUACUCUUCUCGUCCCGCCGCUCCUCUUCCUGCAUCACCCCCCUCCAUCGCCUCCUCUCCGGUUCCGCCGCCACCACCGCGAGCAACCCUUUCACGGUCGCCGACUACCUCGUCGCCAGAUGCGGUCUCUCCAGGGAGCAGGUCCUCAAGGCAUCCAAAAUCAAAAGGAUCCUCGACCUCAGGUCUCCCUCGAAGCCCGACGUCGUCCUCGCCUUCCUGGCGGGCCUCGACAUCUCCGGCACCGACCUCACAACCGUCAUCGCCAAUGAUCCCAGACUCCUUUGCACCGACGUGGGGAAGACCCUGUCUCUCCGCGUCGCCGAGCUCCGCAGCCUCGGCCUGUCAAGCCACCAGGUCGGCCAGGUAGUCAUCGCCGCCCAGAUCCGGUUCCGCAGCCCCUCGUUCCUCCGCAAUUUUGAAUUCUGGCUUGGGCUCUUCGGCUCCUUCGACGAGCUCUUGCGGUUCGUCAAGAUGAACGGCAACCUCCUCAGCGUCAACCUCGAGAAGGUUGCCAUGCCCAACCUGGCCCUCCUUCAGCGAUGCGGGAUGGAGAUUUCCGAUAUUCCCAACACUUUCCUGUCCCGGAUACUUGUCAGGAGCACUGAGCACCUCCAGGAAACUCUGGCACGCGUUUCAGAGUUUGGAAUCCAGCAGGGAUCGUGGGUUUUCCCUUUCGCGUUCAUGAGGUUUGCGAUCUUGAACCGUGAGAAGCUCGACAGUAAUAUACAGCUGUUUGAGAAGCUUGGGUGGUCGAGGGAUGAUAUAGCAUCAGCAGUGAGGAAGGCGCCGAAUAUCCUGAGCUUAACUCCGGAAAGGGUUCAUAAAAAGUUGGAUUUUCUAAUGGGUGUUGUUGGGUUGCAGAUGGCAGUCAUUGUGUAUCGGCCAGUGCUGCUAUUGCAUAGUGUGGAGCGUCGGUUGUUGCCGCGGUAUUACUUGAUGAAAUUUCUCAAGAACAGGGGAUUGAUGAGUUCUAGUUUAAGCUUCCUAACUAUUGCAUCGAUGGGCAAUGAUAAUCUUCUGGAUAAACUUGUGCACCCUCACGAGAUGAGUGUCCCAGGUCUUGCUGCUGCUUAUGCUUCUAGCUGCGCUGGAAAACACCAGUGGGAGCUCCUUGACGACAUGACAAAGGGAAAGAGAAAGAGAAAGUGCUAAGACAUGUUCUGGUAACUAGUGCUGUGAAGGAUCUCUUCUAAGGUUUGCCAUCUUCAUAAUUCAUUCUUGCAACUUCUUUACAUUUUGGUAUGAACAUCUUUAUCAUUACUUCAUUAGCAUCUAUGAAGGGCGGUGUUCUAGUUCUGAAAUCCCAUCUAGCUAGAUAAGUAGAAAUGUAUAGUGGACUAAAAAGGGUGGUAAUAUAUUUGAGUUGUUUCCUUUGGUUCUUAACAAUACAUGUUUAUGUGGUCUUUCUACUGUAAUUUUAUGGACUUUGUACUGUGAUUUCCUAGUAUUUUUUUUAGUUUUGAAGGAGCCAAAUUCGUUAGCAAGUUUUGUUUUUAUUUGGCUUAAUAUAAAACCAAAAUGAAGUUAGUC